GUAUUUAUGCUGUGUACCUUGUGUCCUGUUGUUGGCUCUCUUCCAAAGUUUCUCCAAAUAUUCGGAAGACAAAGCAGAAAUCAAGGGUUGCAUUCUCCAGACGUCUCUCGCAUUCAAAGAUACAUGAUAGAUAGAUCUAAUUUGCCUAUAUCUACAGCUGAGCGAAGCGAACCACGAGACAUUAUACGCCAAUCAGAACCGUUUUCAACAGACAUCGAGUUGCCAUGGCAAUGUGGUACUGAAUACUAUUGGCGGGAUUUAGGAGAAAUGCACUUUCCGAGACAUAUAAAGGAAGUCAGAUGUUUAAAUGCCACCUGUUGGUAUGGACAUUAUCGUUGUACCCCUGCCAAGUAUACAGCUAUGGUUCUGACACGUAGUGUGGGAGGUGAUGAAGAUGGGAACGUUCCAUACUCCCUUCGACAGGAAUGGAGGUUUGAACAUUUGGAUAUUACUAUCGGAUGUAUGUGUUCCAGGUAGAAAAUAAUAACAAAUAUAGUUAUGUAAAUUCUCUCAUCAUAUCAUGUUUGAAAGCAUUUUGAGUAGGCUUUUAAAAGAUGGAAUGGAUGACACAAUUAGCCUAAGACAAAAUAUACAGUUUACGUGUAUUAAAUUAUUUUUUAUUUUAUAUAUUUCCUUAAGAAUUCGCACAUAUAGUAUCUAAAGUAAAGUUUUUGUUCUGUCAAUCAUCUUUUAUAUUGACAAAUUUAGUAUUUAUGAGAUUUGUACUAAAAUUCUAUUAAAAUAAAGCUGCC